AUGACACGACAGACUGCCGUUAGCCUCGCAGGCACCGAAGCCAACCUAUCGUUCUCUCCCUUGGCUGCUCUUCCAACUGAGAUCGUCAGUACCAUCGCAUCAUACCUUACCCAUCAGACACCCUCCGACCACGCUGCCUACGAUAUCUGUCGGCUUCGAGCAUCCUGCAGAGCACUACAGGAGAAAACUCUGCCAGCUUUCAGCAAGCGAUUCUUCCACACCCUGGAUUUUAACACUGCAUCUGGCGAACAUGGAGGAGGGCUUGAUAUGCUCCUCUACUUCCUGACUUUCGAGGACGUUGCAAGCGCAGUAAAGACACUGCGUAUCCAUUGCAAUCUAAUGGAGACCGCCGACCAUACCUAUGAACAAGGUCUAUUCUCAAGAGUGCUUAGCAAGCUGCCCAAAGGCCUCACCCUGGAUAUUGAGAUUCUAUGGAGUGGCGACACUAGCUACAACCAUUACACCUCCUCAAACCUCAAGUACGUGACAGCAUGUGUACGUGAGCUGACACUGUCCCACCUUCGAAUUGCUGCGAUCCGGCUGCACAGCAUCGCUCUAGAUGUCACCUCCUUGCAGGAACUCAUCUUAGCUCAGAAGGACAACAUCGCAUCUCUUGAAUUUGAAUCCACCAUAGUGAUAGGAGGAACAUGGGACCGAAUUCUCCGCGCGUGCCAGACGUGUCCUGCGCUGAGCUCCCUGUACACCGGCGAUCUCAACUGCUUCGAACGGGCGAUACCAAACAACGUGAGAGAACGGCUCGACAAGAAUAUACACGUAUUCUGUCUCGGAGAACGUGUCGCCAAGGCCGUCAGGAACCCCGCGACUCGGAAAAUUGAGACUUAUUCAAUUCAUCGGUAUAGAGCUUGGGGUAUGGGCGGCGAGGCUAUCGAGCUUUUGCUGAAGGCGAUCGUGAAGUAG